UUCGGCAACUCAACCGUCGGUGGCGGCUCUGAUUAUUCGUUUCUUGCGACCACGGACUCGAAAGUGCGUUCACCGUGUUACUUUCAUCUCCGCAACGGCAAGCACUGAUUUUGCCAAAAAUAAAUAUAAGUAAAUUAAAAACUAGUAAACAAAAGAUCGAAGACUGUAAUUGAAGGAACAAGUUGCGGAGGAGAGGAAACGAUCUCGGAUCCAGGCUUCGGCUUUUCUUCGAUCUCUCCGGUCUCCGACCAGAAGAAAUGUCGAUAAACAUGAAAACGCUGACGCAGGCGCUGGCGAAGACGGCGGCGGUGAUCGAGAAGACGGUUCAGACGACGGUGCAGGAGGUCACCGGCCCUGCAUCUCUCCAGGACUACGAGCUCCUCGAUCCGAUCGGUUCCGCAGGUCCCGGCCUCGCCUGGAAGCUCUACUCCGCCAAGGCGCGCGACUCCACGCGCCCCCAGCAGUACCCCUCCGUCUGCGUCUGGAUUCUCGACAAGCGCUCCUUGUCAGAUGCUCGUAUCCGGGCGGGGCUCUCCAAGGCCGCCGAGGACGCCUUCCUCGAUCUGAUUCGUGCCGAUGCCGCUAAGCUGGUGCGGCUCAGGCACCCCGGUGUCGUCCACGUCGUGCAGGCCCUCGAUGAGAACAAGAACGCCAUCGCUAUGGUUACCGAGCCUCUCUUCGCCUCCAUCGCUAACGCCCUUGGGAAUGUUGAGAAUGUCGCUAAGGUCCCCAAAGAUCUCAAAUCCAUGGAGAUGAGCUUGUUGGAGGUGAAACACGGUCUGCUCCAGAUUGCUGAGACAUUGGACUUUCUCCAUAAUAAUGCUCGUCUCAUCCAUCGUGCUAUAUCUCCUGAGAAUGUUCUUGUUACGGCGACCGGGUCUUGGAAGCUUGCUGGGUUUGGUUUCGCUCUUUCGGCAGAUCAGUGCGGCAAUCUAGAUAAUAUGCAAACAUUUCAUUAUGCUGAAUAUGAUGUGGAGGACUCAGUACUGCCUCUCCAACCAUCUCUAAAUUACAUUGCACCUGAGUUGGUCCGGGGUAAAACGCCUUCAGUUGGAGUUUCUUCCGACAUUUUUAGUUUUGGAUGCCUUGCCUAUCAUUUAGUUGCACGGAAGCCGUUGCUAGACUGCCGUAACAACGUCAAAAUGUACAUGACCACGCUGAACUAUUUAACAAAUGAAUCUUUCUCAUCUAUUCCCUCGGACUUAAUCUCUGAUUUGCAACGAAUGCUAUCAAUGAAUGAGUCCUUUAGACCAACAGCAGUGGAUUUUACCGGGUCUCCCUUUUUUCGAAGCGAUGCUCGUCUGCGUGCCCUCCGGUUCCUUGAUCAUAUGCUUGAAAGAGACAACAUGCAGAAGUCUGAGUUCUUAAAAGCAUUAUCAGAUAUGUGGAAAGAUUUUGAUUCCCGUGUGCUGCGGUAUAAGGUGCUUCCACCUCUCUGUGCUGAACUUAGGAAUUUGGUUAUGCAACCAGUAAUCCUUCCCAUGGUUCUAACUAUAGCAGAGUCCCAGGAUAAAAAUGAUUUUGAGCUGACAACACUCCCAGCUCUUGUUCCUGUCCUAAGUACUGCAGCUGGAGAUACUUUACUGCUGCUUGUAAAGCAUGCAGAGCUUAUUAUUAACAAGACUAGUCAGGAACAGCUUGUAUCACACGUCCUCCCAGUGCUUCUCCGAGCCUACAAUGAUAACGAUGUCCGCAUACAAGAGGAAGUUCUGAAAAGAUCCACUUCUGUUGCUAAGCAACUCGAUGGUCAGGUUGUGAAGCAAGCAAUUUUGCCUUGUGUUCAUGUGUUGGCUCUCAAGACUACUGUUGCUGCAGUGAGAGUAAAUGCUUUGCUCUGCUUAGCGGAGCUGGUUAACAUGCUUGACAAACAAUCUGUUCUUGAAAUCCUGCAUACAAUUCAACGAUGUACAACCGUUGAUCAUUCUGCACCUACCCUUAUGUGUACCCUUGCUGUUGCAAAUGCAAUUCUCAACCAGUAUGGAGUUGAAUUCACCACAGAAUAUGUGCUUCCCCUGAUGAUGCCUCUGCUCACUGCCCAGCAAUUGAACGUCCAGCAGUUUGCCAAGUACAUGUUAUUUGUCAAAGAUCUUCUCAGGAAAAUAGAAGAAAAAAGAGGGAUUACAGUGAAUGAUUAUGGAGUUCCGGAGGUAAAAUCGACCCCUGCCAAUGGAAUCCAGUUUCAUGCGUCAAGCCAAAUAAGUGAGAAGGUCACUUCUGCAGCCAAGAGCAGUCCUGCGUGGGAUGAAGACUGGGGUCCCCCGAGUAAAGACCCCACUUCGAGAAAUCCUGCAGCCGUUCAUCACAAUGUGAAUCCUAAAACUAACAUAUCUACGGUUCAAUCACAGCCAUCAAUCACGUCUAAUCUAGGCAACAGGACAACAAGAGCAACAUCAUGUCCUGCAGUUGAAAUAGAGUGGCCUCCAAGACAAUCUUCCAAUAUCACUGCUCAGCCAGGUAAUGAAGAGACACAACUAAACACAGUUGGUUCAUCAAAUGGAGGUUUUGAUGACGUGGACCCAUUUGCUAAUUGGCCACCACGGUCAAACCGUUCUUUAAGUUCUGGAGGUCUCAACAAUGGUCCUGUCGGCAGACCUGUGAUCAACAGUACUUCUGGUUUGAGCAGCAGUGUAACAGAUACAGCACAGUUCCAGACAGCUAACAAUGAUAUAUGGGCUUCUGGGAAUUCGUCUCUGUCCACAUUGAAACCGCAACAGGGGGGUUCAGCUCCCAGCGCAAACCAUUCAGAUCCUCUGAACUCUUUUGGGGCACUGACACAGAACCAAGGAACUUUUGGCAGUUGUUUAUACAGUAACCCGAAGCCAGUAGAUAUAAGUUCUAUAUUCGGUUCUAGCAAAAACGAGCAAUCAGCACUGAAGCUUGCACCCCCACCUUCAGUAGCAGUGGGAAGAGGAAGAGGUAGAGGGGGCUCAUCUAUCGCAAAGUCAAGUGGUUCCAAGCAACAAGCAGAGCAGCCAUCUCUUUUGGAUCUGUUGUGAUCAGGAGGUGUUUGGCUUUGUGUCAGAUUUAGACAAAAGUGCUCAUUUGGUGUUGAAUAUCUUCAUGGGAUUGAGAUCAUAUAUAGGUUGUUUUGUUUGUGCCUUUGAAACUGUGUAAAUCACGCCUUUCUCUUGACGUUUGCGUCAUUAUAGUCUUUUUUGGGAUGUAAGAUGAUGUAACCCUCCUAGACAUUUCCGGCUGUAGUUGAAUCCUGAAUAAUAGAUAGAAAGUUUGUUUUUUUUUUCCUAA